CUCUAUCCGGAAAGCAAAAUGGCUCUCUGGAUGUAGGCGGGAGUUGGAGGCUGGUGAAACCCAAGCAGCGUCAGAGGCAGGAUGACUGAAGAUCAGCUGCUGAGAAUUGCAAGUGAGGAGAACUCUGCUCUGGUGAACCAGUCCUGCUUUCAAGCUUUGCAUGGACAUCUGGUUGGCUGCUGUGAGAACAGGAUGUUGGGACUUCUUUGGCAGUCACUGGUAGCUGAGUAAGAUUGUCUUCCAUGAACACAGUCUUAACAGUGAGUCCGUAAGUGACUGUGGAGACCAAUUUUGGAUCCACACGUCUUUCCACAGUGGGGACAUAGGUUUCCGGGCGGGGGUUGAUCAUGGUGAGGGUUUGCCAAGCGUGCCUUCCUCUUAGCACAUUUCUCCCUUUUGUCCUGAGUUCGAGUAACUUCAAAGCCCAUGGCACCUUUGGUAAACGCUCUUCUCCAAUUGCAGCGCUCGCAGGCCAGUGUUUCCCAGUUGUUGGUGUUUAUACCGGUACUACAUAUUUUUAGAUUUGCCUUGAGAGAAUCUUUAAACCUCUUCUGUUGACCAUCAGCAUUACUCUUUCCAUUUUUAAGUUCCCUUCCAAUGCUACAGUUUUAUGACUAGAUAGAUCUUUGACCUGAUCCAGCAGGUUAUUUUUAUGUUCUUAUGUUCAUUAUUGUUUAUUAUUAUUAUUAUUAUUAUUAUUAUUUGCAUUACUUUCACCUGCUUGCAUUACCAGUUCUGGUGUGAUGUUGUGGCUAAGCGCUGGACUCAAAACUGACAUCCAGUUCCCCCUUCACCUCUGAAGCUCACCAGCCUACCUGGGGAGGAAGAAGCGCUUGGAUAUCCCAUCGGCGGCCAAGGGUAACUCCUAAGCGCCGUUGUGGAGAUAGCUCUGCCCUAUAUCCCUCUGAACUUGCCCUGUCAUACCGCAGUAGCUGGGCGCACUAAUCCGAUAGGCUGGAUUCCUCUCCUGCAUUAGCUCUCAGGGGCGGAAGGGCUGCUCUGAGUUCUGAUUCCAUCUACUACCCUUCCCAAUUGCAAGAGCCCCAGUUCCCAAAUGGCGGAAGGGAGGGAGGGGGAGUCGCCGGCCCCGGAUCUCCGGUUCCAAGCAGCGCUGGAGCAGGAAGUGAAAGUGGAGAGGAAGGACCCAGCGGGUCCCAAGUCUGAGAUGGGAUCCAAGGGACCGAGGAAGAAACCCCACACUGCUGCUCAGGCGGGAGCUGCGGGGUGCGAGGGCCUGCAGCAGGUCUGGGAGGCCCAGUGGCAGGCCUUCCUCAAGGCAAUGGAAUUACCCCACUCUGAGGCGGGGAGCUCACAGCUGGCAGAAAUGGCUCCCUGGGGGGACCUGAAGACUUCCCUAGCCCCUUUUGAGGCCAUCACUGCAGCCAGCCAGCCACCAAAAGAAGGGUACCGCCUUCCGAUCCUCAACGGGGUGAGCCACCAGAUCAGUGUCAAACUCGAUCCAAGAGAACAGGGCCCCUACACCAAAGUGAAGGAGGAGGAGGAGGAGGCCCUCAGCACAGAGGGGCACCGGCAACGCUUUAGGCAGUCCCACUGCCGCCAGGCUGAGAGUCCCCGCCAGGCCUGCAGCCGACUCUGGGAGCUUUGCCGCCAGUGGUUGAAACCGGAGAGACGUACCAAAGAGGAGAUCCUGGACUUGCUGGUCUUGGAGCAGUUCCUGGAUGUCCUGCCUCAAGGGAUCCAGAGUCGGGUGAAGGAUCAGGCUCCCGAAACCUGUGCCCAUGCGGUGGCCCUGGUGGAGAAUUUCUUGCCGGCUCAGGGAGAGGCAGGGAGUUGGGAAGAGCAGGGCCCGGGUCUCUUUCAGAAGGUGGUUGUGAAUGUCCCGGAUGAGGCAACUACUUUGGGAGAUGCAGGCAGGCAUAUCUGGAAUGUGGUGAAACAUGAGUGUGGAGGAAAUGCUGGCUCAGGCGGUAAGCAGUAUGCGAUGCAGAAAGAGGAUCACAGGCAAGAAAGCUCUGAGCAAGAACCACAUGGGAUGCUGGAGGAGAGAGAGGGAGCCAACGGACUCAAGGACUGCAAGCGGGCGGGAUCGAAUGAGGGUCUGUGUGGGCUGUGGAGGCAACAACAGGCAAGCUGUCCGAGGCAGAGGAUGGAUCAGCUCAUUCCUAGCGUGGGCCUUUACCAAGGACUGAGCGGACUUCUUACCGGGGAGAGGCCUGUGACCCUGACCGGAUACAGACGGACUUCUAACUCCAAGGCAAGCGAGAGGACCGAGGCAGAAGAGAAACCCUUCAAAUGCGUGGAGUGCGGGAAGGCCUUCCGCACAAAGGACAAGCUCAUCCGACAUCACAAGACCCACACGGGGGAGAAGCCGUACGGUUGCUUGGACUGCGGCAAAUCCUUCAGCACUAAGUACGGGCUUUUCCGGCACUACCGGAUUCACCGGGGAGAGAAGCCGUACGGAUGCUCGUACUGCGGCAAGUUCUUCCGGAUGAACUACGACCUCAUCCGCCACCACCGGGUCCACACGGGGGAGAAGCCCUUUGAGUGCUCGGACUGCGGGAAGUCCUUCGGCAUGAACUCCGACCUUGUCAGACACCAGAGGAUCCACACGGGGGAGAAGCCCUUCCAGUGCUCGGACUGCGGGAAAACCUUCAACGUCAAGGGCAGCCUCGUCGCCCACGUCCGGAUACACAAGGGCCUGAAGCCGUACAGGUGCAGCGAGUGCGGGAAAUGCUUCAACCAGAGUUCGAAACUGAAGGCCCACGUGAGAAUCCACGUGCGGUAGAAACAUGGAACAAACGCCCCGGACUCUGGUAGUCCUGGACCUUUAGCAGUCGCUCGGGUCUCUGCACGAUCGUCUCCUCCUGUGCGGAUUUUCCCGGGUGCGGAUGGAGGUUUUACUCUGAGCCCCUCUAGGAAGUGAAGUGGUGCAGUGCUGGGAUUCAGACCAUGGCAACUGGGAAGUGCUCUGCCUCAAGAAGCCUACUAAGCCACUUUGCCAGCUCACUUGUCUAGAUGGUCCUAUUUCCAAGGGUUGGUGCCAGUGGAGACUAGUCCGCCAGGGCGAAUGGGGCACUGUCCCACCAACCGCAAUCUAUCCUUUCUCACGAGAACAUAGAGUCAGGAGCGAGCCAGCAGUAAAUCACACUGUGCAAGUUGCCAUUAACUCUUUAAUAGCAAAAACAUGAUCUGCACCAACAUGGUAGAGUGUCAGGCCUAAUGAGCACAGCAACUCCUCCCUGGUAGGUGUUGCUCCCAUGAAGCAGUUGUCGAGACUGAAGGUUCCUGCCUCCCCAUAGCUGCCUAAGUCCCCUCCUCUCCAGGGUUUCCCCCAAGCAAUUGAAGACUGAGUCUGUGCAUCACCACUCUCUCCUCCGCCCUUUUUGUGCCUCUUUUGGUUCUGGGAAACUAGGGGAAAAGGGAGCUCGUUACAGCAGGAGGGGGAGAAACCCGUGACACUUCCCCAGCCUGACCCUUCUCUGCCUCUUGGCUUCCCUCAUCCCACCCUCCUGCUUCGGCUUCUGCCCGAUUCUGGACUGCUCUCUGCCUCUGCCUCACCCAGCUCACUAAGCCCUGUUGCUUCCUCAGCUUCUGACACCUCCUCUUCCCAGUCUUCUCCCUCUGACCGCUCAUUGUUGUCCCACCACCACUCCCCAGGCUCUGGGUCUUCUUCCCACCACUGGAGCAUCCUGUUUCCCAAGCGGAUGCCACCGGGAAGCCCAUCAGCCCUCCUCCAAUUGUUGAUUCCCAGCAACUAGUGUCAACCAGAGGCAUGUGGCUUCUGAUGCUGGAGGUGGCAUGCAGUUAUCAUGACCCCCGGGAAAUGAAUUCAUGUCUCUAAGAACAAGUACCCCUAAGUGCACCCCGAACAGCAUACGCCCUGAAGUAGCAUUGAUUGGGGAAAUCCUAUGGCACAGGAACCAUCACUUACUAAGGCCAGGGGAGCGAGGAAGGGGGGGCGGUAUGCUAAUAGGUGGCCCUUCAGCUGCUAAGAACAUAAGAAGAGCCUACUGGAUGAGGCCAGUAGCCAAUCUUAGUCCAGCACCCUGUUCUCUCAGUGGCCACCAAGAUGCUUGUGGGAAACCUGCAAGCAGGACAAGAGCCGUCUGAUGGCCUAGUCAAUUUGUCCGAUCUUUUAGAGCCAUCCAUUUUGUUGUCCAUCACUGCCUCCUGCGGGAGCAAAUGUCAUAGUUCCACUAUGGUGGUAUUCGACUACUGAAGUUAAUGGAACUAACUUAGUCAUAUUUAUUCAUUUUAAUAGGUCUGCUCUGAGGGAAAGUGAAUGCCAACCAUGUAUUUUUAACUUCUGAUUUAAUAAAUACAUAAAUAUUUGGGUGUGGUGGGUUGGUGGUUUUUUUUAUGUCAACUUGUUUUUGACUUCUGACUUUGGCUGCUAAUUGCAUCUUAUGUUCCAUGUAAAUCACUUAGAGGUUUGAACAAUUAAGUGACGUCAUUUUUAAAAUAAAGAAACAAAUACACUGUU